AUGAGAAAUCACAUUAAGUCCCCUUUUAUUUUCCUCAUCAUCAUCCUAAUUUGUUCAACCCUACCUGUACUAUCAGUCCUUGCACACUCCGAUCUGGACACCCUAUUAAAGCUCAAAUCCUCCCUAAUUGGGCCCUCCGGUUUGGGCCUCGAUGACUGGGCCCAGCCGCCGCCCUCUUCCCCACCUUCCGCCCACUGUUCCUUUUCCGGCAUCACCUGCGACUCUGACGGCCACGUGGCAUCACUGAACAUCACCGGCGUCCCGCUGGGCGGCACUAUCCCGCCGGAAAUCGGCCUCCUGACCCGGCUCGUGAACCUCACGCUCGCCCACGAUAGUCUCACGGGCCCAAUCCCUAUGGAAAUAUCCUUUUUGACCUCGCUUAAAUACGUCAACCUCAGCGUCAACUUUUUCAACGGCACGAUCCCCGAAGAAAUCGCGGCCAACGUAACUAACCUCGAAGUAUUCGCCGUCUACAACAACAACCUCUCCGGUUACCUUUCUGUGCAGUUUGUGCGGUUAAAGAGGCUGCGGGUUCUCAACCUCGGCGGGAAUUACUUCUCCGGCGAAAUCCCGGAGGAGUAUUCCGAUUUCCCGGCGCUGACGAGUCUCUACCUGCACGGGAAUAGCCUGACCGGAAAACUACCGGUCGGCCUGGCUAGAAUCCCUAACAUCGAGGAGCUCCACCUUAACUACAACAGCUUCUCCGGCGGGAUACCGCCGGAAUUCGGGUUCAUACCCAACCUCAGGGUCCUCCACCUCGCCAUGUGCAGCAUCUCCGGCGAAAUCCCGGCGACCCUCGGGAACUUGCGCCGGCUAACAUCCCUGUUUCUUUAUUUCAACAACCUGACCGGAGAAAUACCGCAGGAGUUCUCGCGCCUGACGAAUUUGAUGUCGCUGGACCUCUCCGACAACAGCCUCACCGGAACAAUUCCGGCAGGGUUCGCCAGUUUAAAGAACCUGACCCUGAUUAAUUUGUUCCAGAACAAAUUUCAGGGCCCUUUCCCCAGUUUCAUCGGCGAUUUACCCAAUCUCGAGGUUUUACAGAUUUGGAACAACAAUUUCACGAUGGUGCUGCCGGAGAAUCUCGGCCGGAACGGACGGUUAAUCCGGCUGGACGUGGCCCAUAAUCACCUGACUGGACUCCUCCCUAGAGAUUUAUGCAGGGGAGGGAGAUUGGAAACCUUGAUCAUCAUGCAAAAUUACUUUUAUGGCCCCAUACCAGAAGGGCUCGGGAAUUGCGGGUCGCUGAACAGGGUCCGGCUCGAUCGGAAUUUCCUCAAUGGCACCAUACCGGCCGGGUUUUUCCGGCUACCGGUCAUGGACAUGUUCCACGUGGAUAAUAACUAUCUGACCGGAGGCCUGCCGGAAAAUAUCACGGCAGAGAAUCUCGGGAGCAUGGUUCUGUCCAAUAACUGGAUGUCGGGAAGAAUCCCAGCCUCAAUCAGCAAUUUGAGGAACCUCACGAUCUUGUCCCUCGACAUGAACAGAUUCUCCGGCGAGAUUCCCGGUGAGGUUUUUCAGCUGAAGAAGCUAUCCGAGGUUAAUUUUAGUGGGAAUUACUUCACGGGCGAGAUUCCGGCUUCGGUUUCGCGUAAUUCACACCUGACAUUCGUCGAUUUCAGCGGGAACAACUUGUCUGGACAGAUCCCUAAGAAUAUUUCCAGGCUGCAGAUCCUAAAUGCCCUUAACCUGUCCAGAAACCGGCUCGAGGGCCCGAUACCGAGCGAGAUUGGGCUUUUGAAAAGCCUGACGUCAUUAGACCUCUCAUACAAUAACUUAUCGGGCUUGAGGCCUACGACUGGCCUGUUAAAAGAUCUCGACGACCGCUUUUUCACAGGGAAUCCUCUGCUCUGCCCACCUCACACCAAGUUCUGUGCAUCGGCUUUAAGCCCAAGACAAGGGCCGCUCUACAAGACUCAUAAAUCAAAAAUCGUUAUCAUAGUCGCUCUAACAAUAGUUCUUUCGCUCUCACUACUCGUAACAUGGCUCGUGUCCCGAAAAAUGAUGAUUCAGAAUUCAAGAAAAUGGAAACUCACGGCUUUCCAGAAGGUCGACUUCACGGCCCAAGACGUAAUAAACUGCCUCCAAGAAGAGAACGUGGUUGGCAAGGGUGGGGCCGGGGUCGUCUACCGUGGGACAAUGCCGAACGGACUAGAAAUUGCCGUAAAAAGAUUAAUCACGCGCGAAAACAGCAAAAACGACCGCGGGUUCUCGGCAGAAAUCGAGACGCUCGGGAGGAUCAAGCACCGAAACAUCGUGAGACUAUUAGGAUACGUCUCGAAUCGCGAGACGAAGCUAUUACUAUACGAGUACAUGUCGCGAGGGAGUUUGGGGGAGAUGCUCCGGGCCUCGAACGGGCCCCACUUGGAUUGGGAGUUGAGGCGUAAAAUCGCGAUGGAUGCGGCUAAAGGGUUGUGCUAUUUGCACCACGACUGCUCGCCCUCGAUUAUUCAUAGGGACGUGAAGUCGAACAAUAUUUUAGUGGACGGCGAAGGUGAGGCCCAUGUGGCGGAUUUCGGGCUGGCCAAAUUUUGGAAUGAUGGGAAUGGCUCGUCCGAGUGCAUGUCCUCGGUUGUUGGGGUUGAUAAAAAGAGUGAUGUCUACAGCUUUGGUGUUGUGCUGCUUGAGCUGAUCACGGGCCGGAAGCCCGUGGGGGAAUUUGGAGAUGAUGUGGAUAUUGUAAGAUGGGUUAGAAAAAUGACGUCCGGGCCAGGGGGCCCGGUCUGUAAUUUAUCCAAGAUUGUGGACCCAAAACUUGGAGAGUGCCUGCCAUCGGGUUUGGUCGACUUGUUUAAGAUUGGGAUGAUGUGCGUGGAGGAAGAGAGAACGGCCCGGCCCACGAUGCGCGAAGUCGUUCACAUGUUCACGAGUCCUCCAGAAGAUAGUUCUAAUAUUGUUCGCAAAUGA